GCUUCACUUGGUGGUGCUUCACGGCCGUGUGGACAUCCAACACCCUUCCUCCCUUCUCUCCUCUGCACACCUCCUUCUUCUCCUAUUUUCUCCCGUCGGGUGCUGAUGCCCAUCACCAACCAUCACACACCACACAGUCAACACCUUCUACCUCCCCACCCUACCUCCUUGCCUGCCUCUCUCUUGGCUGGUUGGACUGGCCUCUGGCUCAGUUGCUGUUCUGAUGGUGGUGGAGCUAGCUGCUCGCGUACACCAGUGGCCAUUAAACGACACGUUUUCAUCCGUUUUAUUUUACACGUUUACACAAAGUCGAAAAACUUUUACACGAAACACAAACGACAGUUUGAAACUUGACACGUUUUUCCAUUUCGAGAAUGGGUCUGUCGUCUUUAGUUGACUUGUACAUUGACUGAGGCAAGUUUGCCUCGUGGCGAGCAAACGUUGAUCCUAGGCGGCUAUCAUUUUCGAGUUUUUUCUCUACAAUUUUUGGUGGUAGUGCGAUUCAGUGAUUGAGGUGCAUCGUUAACUAGUGAACUGUUUUCUCACGAAUUGAACUAUAUUUAGUCUUCAAAAAUUAAAAGUGCUGGUGAUUUUACCCUCCCCCAAAGUGCUCAAUUUUCCGUGUGUGUGUCUUGCGAAAUAGUGGUGUUUUAGAGUUUUUAAGAAAAAAGGUUGCAAGUUUGUGCAGGAUUGAUCAACUGCCGUGACUAUUGCGACCACAAUCCAAAAGAAGAAGGCGAAAAGCAGCACGCUGCAUAGCCUCGCGCUCCAAAUGCGUUUCGAACAGGGAGAGCAAGUCAAUCAGCUGUUCUCGCAAUCCGAGAUGGCUUUCCAUCCUUUCCUGUUGCAACAGCAUCAUCAUCACCACCUUUCGCAUCAGACGACUGGCGGCAGUGGUGGCAAUGGAAGCAGCGGCGGUAGUGGUGGCACUAGUGGUCGGCCUUCCGAUUUCAGCGUCAGUUCUCUCUUGACGGCAUCUCAACAACAACACCACCAGUUCAACAGUGCCGAUCGAAACAACGCACUCACCUCACCUCCUUCCAGCAAUUCCGUUCAAUCGGCAGCCGUGGCCGCGUUGGCCGCAGCUGCGGCCGCUCACGCCGCCAUGCGAGCCCAUUCGCCCCCGUCGGCUGUCGGUUCCAACAACAACAACAAUAAUAGCGCUAAUUCUUCGUCGUCUUCGGCCGCUGUGGCGUCCAGUUCUCCCGCUGGAUCGGGAGCUAUAGGCCCGUCUUCAAUACCCAAUCCAGUUAGCGUUAGCAUGGCUCAAUUGUCGGCCUACAAUGCGGCAACAUCGUCCCUUUUAGCCGCCCAUCCGGCCUCAGUCCGUUUCCCUCAUCCGUACACCACGGCCGAAGACGUUUUGGCCUCGGCCGCUGCCGCCGCCGCUGCCGCCGCCCAACACCUCCGGCCGCUCCGUACGUUACCCGCCGUCGAAGACGACGGAGUCACCGACGAUCCCAAAGUCAGUCUCGAAUCCAAAGACUUGUGGGAGAAAUUCCACGGUCUCGGCACCGAAAUGGUCAUCACCAAAUCCGGCAGGCAAAUGUUUCCGCAAAUGAAAUUCCGUGUGUCUGGACUCGAUCCGAAAUCCAAGUACAUUCUCUUGCUGGACAUUGUGGCUGCAGACGACUACCGAUAUAAAUUCCACAACAGCCGUUGGAUGGUUGCCGGCAAAGCGGAUCCGGAGAUGCCGAAACGGAUGUACAUUCAUCCAGACAGUCCGGCAACGGGUGAACAGUGGAUGCAGAAAGUCGUCUCCUUCCACAAACUCAAAUUGACCAACAACAUCUCGGACAAGCACGGCUUCCAGACGAUAUUGAAUUCGAUGCACAAGUACCAGCCGCGAUUUCAUCUGGUGCGCGCCAACGACAUCCUCAAGCUGCCCUACAGCACGUUUCGCACUUACGUCUUCAAGGAGACCGAGUUCAUCGCCGUCACGGCUUAUCAAAAUGAAAAGAUCACGCAAUUGAAAAUCGAUAACAACCCGUUCGCCAAAGGAUUCCGGGACACUGGAGCUGGCAAGCGUGAAAAAAACAGGCAGGCCAUGUUGGCAGCGUCGCAACGGCAUCACGACGAUCCGUCGCCGCACAAACAUCACCACCACCAUUCGUCCAGCGGCGGAGGUGUAGGUGUAGGCAGUACGGGUCUGCACGGCCAUCACCACGUUGGCCAUCACGGCCAUCACCACGGACACCACCACGCGCAUCACCUGGCCGUGCUCGGUGGCGGCGUUCACGGUCACGCAACUGGCGGCGCCAUGUCCAUGUCCUGCUCGCCGGCUCCCGAUUCCAGUCAAGAUGGCGUUCACGAUCUGGACGACGAGAAACUGGACGUUGUCGGCACUAGCGACGGACGAGACGGCGCAUCUCCCCUUCACAUCUCUGACGAUGCCAGCAUGUCGGAGGAUAUGAGCCGGACGGGGACGCCGUCGCACCACCACGGCGACUCGGAUUCCGACGGCAACAACGACCACCACCAUCACCAACAUCAGCCGUCGUCUUUGCAUCAUCAACUGCACAACCAUCACCUCAACAGUCUUCAUCCGCACCACAAUCACAGCCUGCAGCAUCACUUGCUCGUCCAGCAGCAGAUGCAACAACACAUGCAGAGGAAUCGAGAGAAUCAUUUGAAUCAAAGAGUGUCGUCGUCGUCCGGCGGAGGCCAACAGCAGCAGCAACAACACGGCGCUGCCAGUGGUGGCAACGCUGCAGCAGGGCCGGCUUCCAUGUUGUCUCCUGGCUCGGCGGCUGCUGCGGCUGCAGCCGCGGCCGCCGCUGCCGCCCAGCACAUCCAUUCGGCGUUGGCCAAUUCGGGCGGCGCCGGCGGUCUCCUCUCGUCCGUCCACCCCAGCACGGUCAGUUUAGGCCCACCUCUACCUCCGCCACCUCAUCUGCUCCCUUACCUCUAUCCGGGUGCUGGAUUGUAUCCGGGAGGGCCGUCUCUGCAUCAGCUGAGUCAGCUACUCCAUCACGCUCACGGCCACGGCAUCAAUCACGGAGCUCACGGUCCAUCUGGCCCGUCCGGUCACGCCAUGGCCGGCCUGGCUGCCGCCGCCGCGUCUGCGCACAUGGGCGCCCACAUGGCCGGACACAAUUUGCUGCUGAACGCCCAGUUGGCCCUGGCCGCACAGCAUCAGCUCUUCCAUCCGCACGCCUAUCAGAAUCUCUCGGCCGCCAUUGCGGCCCACUCGGCGGCCACGAACGCCGGGGCUGCGGCAGCAGCCGGACAAGUUGCAACGUCACUCCCAUCGACAGGCGUCGGCCAUCCUUUGUCCCAGCCUCCUUCUCUUCCGUUGGCGCCAAUUCUACCCGUCACCACACCCCUGUCGACGACGCCUCCUUCCACUGGCGCAGGAGGAGAGAGCGGCCAACGUCUCAGAGGUCAGCACCGUUUCGCUCCCUACAGUUUACAGCCGGGCAGCGGUAGUAGUACAAGUCCACCGGCUGGACACAAAUCGCACGUCGGCCUGUCGUUGGGCUCGUCCGCCUUCGAGGCCGUCAGUCCGAAAGGAUCCAGUCCUAAAGGAUCGCCUCCGCCGCAUCAUCACCGGUCGCCGUCUCCUACACCGUCGUCCGUCUCGAGCACGGUGAGCAGCGCGGCCAGCAACGCCGCAUCGGCUAGCGAUUUAAAGAACAUGGAGAAAAUGAUAAACGGCUUAGAAAUGGCCAAGGGCAUGAUUGCCGCCGGUGCUGAAUCCAACGGAUCCAUCGACAGUUGCGAUCCAAAGUAGUUUCUCAUCCUCCCCAUAUUUUUUUUUAUCGUCUCGUCACAAUUUUUUAAAUAAUUAUAGUUUAUAUAUAUAUAUAUUAUCUCCUUCUCUCCUUUUUUUUUCCCCCUCAUUUUUUUGACUUGAUCUUGUUGAAUUCUAUGGCAACUCUGUGUGUAUACUUUUGUUUUGUUUUUUUUUGAGCGCAUGUCUUUUCUUCAAUGGCACAAUUCCAAACCACUAGCAUCUGGCAAGGAUUUUUUUUUUUUUUUUUUUUUACAAAAUGAAUGUGAAUAUAAUAGUUGAAAGAAUUUCGAACAAAUCAUUUUUGGUUAGGUUAGUCUCUACACACACAGACACACAAACAGACGAGAAAAACAGAAACAUCUUCGAAACCAAAGAGAAAAAAAAAAAAAUAAUGUUGAAAUACGUGUGGUCUUUUUUCUUAAGAAUUAUUUUCCAUCUGGUCCGCCCUCCCCCCCAAUUCCACGAGUUUCAUCUCUCAUUGUACAUGCUUGUAUCUUGUGUGUGUGUUGAGAAUGUCUGUUCAUGCAAUUUUCAAAAAAAAAAGGUCCGACAUAUAAACCUCCCUCCGAUCACACUGCUCUGCCUACCUGCCUCCUCGUCUAGUAACAUACCCGGGUAUGAAAACAUCAUUUGCAUAUACAAAAUCGUGUACACACCAUUUAUCAUCGCUGUUUUUUUUUUUCUCAACAUUUUUCAUUUUGUGUGAUCAAAAAAAAAAAAAAUCCGUUCGUGUGCCAAUGAGUUUGACAUUUUCACACACACGUCUCCAUUUCCUUGCCUCUUACACACACGUCCGUUUCUUUUUGUUCGUGCUCUCUCAUUACGAUAUAGGCCUAUACGUAUGUCAUGUCAAACUAUUAUAUAUACGGUUAUUCUCUUUUGCGUUUCAAGUCUUCAUUUGUUGUUGUUUGUUGAUGUCGGCCGGACGUUGGGGGGGGGGAUUUAUUCCGAUCUAUUCGUUUGUGUGGCUUUCUUCUCAUUUUUUGGCAAACUGUCGUCUCUCUUCAAAGUUCUAGUAAAAAACACACACCUAUAUUUAAAAUAGAUAUAUACGCGUGUGUGUGUGGGCUGUGUAUCUAAUAAAUGUACAUGUUCAUAUAUAUAUAUAUAUAUAUAUAUAUUUAUAUAUAUUAAGUCCGUGUGUGUGUGUGUGUAGUUGCGUACGUCAGGUCCGGCGGAAAACAACAAACACAAAGAAAGUGAAAAAAAAAAAAAUCACGGUGCGGUUUGACAGUGGCGUACACACAAUUUCUUUUUUGGGGAGGAGUAAAUGCGCGUGUGACAACAUUUCAGUGCGUUCAAUUUCAUCGUGGACCCUCCUUUUAUAUUCUUUUUGAAAUUUGUGGUCAUUAUUUUUUUUUUUUUUUGUGAAUUUCAUUGUCCAACUAUUGGAUGUCCCCUCCCUAGCCGCUAUACAAAUGGAUGAUUAUUGCCGUUAUUUAGCCGACGAAUUGCACUUAUUGUACAACACGGUUUAGAUGAUGAUAUGAUGACACGCCCUUUAUAUACAAAACGUAGCGCGCGCAGCCACACACACACACACACAUCUAUUAUUUUCGUGUUCCGUUUGUUUGUUUUCCGUUUUUUUUUUCUCUCGUUCAUUUGAAAUUUUCUUUGUAUUUUAAACUCUAAAGAAAAAAAAAAAAAAAAAAAAAAAAAAAGAACGACAACUAUACAUCUAUAUGGGUUCCUGGUUCCUUUUGAUGUGUAACAAAGUCAAGUAUCAGUUUGUAAUUGAGCAAUACAGCUUUGUUAUGUGCGUAUAAA